GGGGAUGCAAAGGUUGAGUCCGGUCGUGAAUCAUCCAAUUUUGCAAAUCGACUGAAGUUUAUGAAACGAAUAAGGAAGCCUGACAAACGUCGCUCUAACACCAUACCUGUUCAUUCAGAUAUCCCUGCGGAUAACUUUUCCAAAGAAAACAACGUGUCCUCUGACAUUGUUACCGUCAAAUUAACGGGUUCGCAAGAAAAAUUCACGAAAAGUUUAACCGACGAGAACGACACUUUACGGAACAAGAAUACAAUAUAUCAGGUUGAACUGCUUUCUGAUCAGCUGAAUGACCUCCGCGAUGUAAACAUGGACUUAAGGAAUCAAAAUAGUCGUAUAAGGGAGGAAAAUAGUGUUCUCCGAAACGAGCAGACGCAGUUGGCCGCAAAGAAUGACUGUUUGGUGGAGCAGGUAAUCGUGCUUCAGAAGAUGUUGGAAGACAUGGGUGUCUCCGUGGAUGAUGCGAGUGCGUACCCUUUGGAUGAACCGGAAACGCCGGGUGAUGAUGUGGAUGGAGGUGAUGAUGGCACUUCAUGUAAUGGCAAUCCCGGUACUCCUGCCUCUUACCGCAAACCGCCACUUCACUGUGAUAGGAACCUUGAUUUUCUGUAA